GACAAUUUUUUGUAAUCCUUUUUUUAUAUAAAUUCUUUGUUCUGAGAGAUCUGCUUGUUAUUGGUCAGGUGGAAUGUGAGUGCUUCUGCUGCACGCCCAAAUCCUCAAGGAUCUUUCAGAUACGGUUCAAUCAAUGUGACACAAGUCUACAUGUUAGAAAAUAAACCACUAGUUACUAUUAACGGAAAACAAAGAGCCACUCUCAAUGGGAUUUCAUAUUCCCCGCCUAGUACACCGCUAAGACUCGCUGAUCAGUAUAACCUUAAGGGAGUGUACACACUCGAUUUCCCCACAAAACCACUUGAUGAGCCACCAAAGCUUGGAACUUCUCUAAUGAAUGCUUCAUACAAGGGAUUUAUGGAAAUUAUAUUUCAGAACAAUGGAACUAAUGUUCAGACUUACCAUUUGGAUGGACAUGCAUUUUUUGUUGUUGGGAUGAAUUAUGGGGAAUGGACGGAGGAGAGUAGAGGAACAUAUAAUAAAUGGGAUGCAGUUAUUGUAAUCUUUAUCAAGGGAAAUAGAGAACACACUAUACAAAAUCUUAUGGAAAGAAAGAUUGAAGUUAUACUCAACCUUGUUAUCAAUUUUACAUCAGCAUAAACAAUACUUACGGUGGAAAACAAUAAUCCAAUGUAAUCAGUUAUAGAAGCAGUCCAUACAAAACACACAUCAGUGUAAACAAUAACAAUCAAAGUAGGCACCAACCUUGCACAUAAAUUUAUAGGGUAAUUUUCACAAAAUCCACAAUAAGUUCGGGUGCCAUUUGUGGUAAAGCAGCAGAUUACUGAACAUUUCAAAC